UUGUCAAACUUCUUACUGUAAAUGCUGUAUAAAUCAUUGGUCACUGUCCACACAUUCAUGGUAGUUAUGCUGAGCCUUUGGUCGUGUCUAUACUUUACACUUACAUGCGACUUAGGCUAUCAGAAUUCUAGGAUCGCAUUGAAAAGACUGGUCUAGACGCACAAGUCGCUUUGUGGUCUGUGUUCAGAUCUUGCUGACCACCUCCGGAGGUGGUCUGGGGAUUCUGCCUACCAGAAACUCAUGCAGUUGGCUACGUCAUCAGCACUCCUCCCACCUGUCUCGAACUUGGAACGGGGCACCUGUUCAUAAUGUUAGGCAAUACCUACCUGUGAGGAACUUGUUUGCUGGCAUCAUGCUCGCUAGUAUUUAGAAAAACAAUUUUGUUUUGCUAACCAGUUUGCUAUCUCUUUAGAGCUACUUGCUGGGUUAGUUGGCUACUGCCAUCAGUUGUGUGUCAUAUUUUGCCUGUUCCGCCGUUUGCAGAAUACAUACUGGUAUUUUGAAUAUAGCGCAGGAGAAAGGAAUCCGGACACUUAAGUGUAGGUGCAUGGUGCGUUCGGAAUUCCAUGAUAAAACACCGAAUAUUAAACUGCAUGAACUGUCUAGGCAUGGCCUGUUUCUCCAAGGACUUAUGAAAGUUGUCCAAAUCCUUUCCCGUAGAAGGGUAUCCUAGCAACGAUGCGAACGACGUCGAUGUGAAUGAACUUGCCCCUGAAAAGGCUGAUGUUUCUGCUUUGAGCGCUUGUUAACUUGCCAAGCGUCCUUAUCCCAUUUAGAAUUUAACAUACGAUUGUUUACAAGCGCUAACGUUAUGGAUUAUGAAACUCCAAAGAAUCAGAUGCAUUCUCGGAUUUAUGUGGAGAGAACUCUCGCGUUGAUCAAACCUGAUGCUAUACACCAAGCUGAGGAGAUUGAGGACAUCAUUCUCCGAUCUGGGUUCACAAUUUUACAGAAACGGAAGCUGCAGCUGAGUCCGGAGCAGUGCAGUGACUUCUAUGCUGAGCAGUAUGGGAAGCUGUUCUUCCCCAGCCUAACGGCCUUCAUGAGCUCUGGACCCAUCAUCGCCCUGGCUCUGGCCAGAGACCAGGCUAUCGCCCACUGGAAGACUAUCAUAGGACCUGUUAACUGCACCAAGGCCAGGGAGACUCACCCAGAAUGUCUGCGAGCCAAGUACGGCACCUCUGACCUGAGGAAUGCAGUGCACGGCAGCGACUCAUUCUCCUCAGCCGAGAGAGAGAUCAAGUUCAUGUUUCCCAACUCUGUGAUCGAGCCCAUCCCCAUGGGAGAGGCAGCCAAAGACUACCUGGGCAGGUUUGUGAGCCCCACGCUGCUUAGCGGACUCACUGAGCUCUGCAAACAGAAGCCUGUCGACCCCUUUACUUGGUUGGCAGAUUGGCUGAUCAGAAAUAAUCCCAACAAACCUCAAAUAUUUGAUGGGGCAACAGGGGAGGAAGCAGCAUAAACACAGAUACCGGAAAACACCAUCUGCCUUUACCAGUUAAAUCCAUGUUCAAGAAACUGUUACAUAAAAUCCUGUGAUGAAAUAAAGAAUGAUAUUUUGACAA